AUGGAGAAAUUCCUAGAAAUGAUGCAUCCCGAGACGAAGUUCAAGAUCCACGAGGCAGGAGUGAAGGGUGUAAGAGAUGCCGCAGAGAAGGCAGACGUGAUUACAGAGUCGUAUAAGAGCUUACGGAAAGUCGUUAACACUGCUCACUGCGACACUCCCUCAACGCCCCAGGUUAACACUGCUCACUGCGACACUCCCUCAACGCCCCAGGUUAACACUCCUCACUGCGACACUCCCUCAACGCCCCAGGUUAACACUGCUCACUGCGACACUCCCUCAACGCCCCAGGUUAACACUGCUCACUGCGACACUCCCUCAACGCCCCAGGUUAACACUGCUCACUGCGACACUCCCUCAACGCCCCAGGUUAACACUGUCAACACUGCUCACUGCGACACUCCCUCAACGCCCCAGGUUAACACUGCUCACUGCGACACUCCCUCAACGCCCCAGGUUAACACUGCUCACUGCGACACUCCCUCAACGCCCCAGGUUAACACUGCUCACUGCGACACUCCCUCAACGCCCCAGGUUAACACUGCUCACUGCGACACUCCCUCAACGCCCCAGGUUAACACUGCUCACUGCGACACUCCCUCAACGCCCCAGGUUAACACUGCUCACUGCGACACUCCCUCAACGCCCCAGGUUAACACUGCUCACUGCGACACUCCCUCAACGCCCCAGGUUAACACUGCUCACUGCGACACUCCCUCAACGCCCCAGGUUAACACUGCUCACUGCGACACUCCCUCAACGCCCCAGGUUAACACUGCUCACUGCGACACUCCCUCAACGCCCCGGGUAACUGUUACACUGAAAUAUUAA